AUGUCGUCAAUGCCGGACAUAACGGGAUUACUGAAGAACACGGAGAAGCUUGAUCGGUUACGUAAAGAACAAGAAGAAGUUCUUGUCGAGAUCAAUAAGAUGCAUAAAAAGCUUCAAUCAACGCCUGAGGUUGUUGAGAUGCCUGGUGAUACUUCUUUGUCAAAGCUUAAACUUUUGUACAUUCAAGCCAAAGAGCUCUCAGAAAGUGAAGUCACUGUUUCAAACAUUCGGCUUACUCAACUAGAUUCUCUGCUUCUAUCUGGAUCAACUGGACAACAACCCAUAAAACUAGAAGUGGCAGAAGGCAACGAUCAGAAGAGGAAGAGAAUGAAAAUGGAAUCAGAUGUAACAAGUGUUCCUCCUUCCAUGAGAAAUCAAAUCGAGGCUUAUACCAGUCUAAGGGGUGAACAAGUUGCUGCAAAACUCAUAGCUGGUGAUUCAGACAAGGAUGAAUGGUUAGUGGUGAAAGUGAUUCACUUCGAUAGAGAAACAAAAGAAGUUGAAGUACUUGAUGAAGAACCAGGAGAUGAUGAAGAAGGAGGUGGCCAGAGGACGUAUAAACUACCAAUGUCAUGCAUAUUACCGUUUCCAAAAAGGAAUGAUCCUUCAAACACACAAGAGUUUCUACCAGGGAAACACGUCUUAGCUGUAUAUCCAGGAACCACAGCUCUUUACAAAGCGACUGUAAUAAGUACACCACGAAAGAGUCAUCAUGACACCAGGUACUUGCUGGAAUUUGAUGAUGAUGAAGAAGAUGGAGUAUUACCUCAAAGAACAGUGCCUUUCCACAAUGUGGUAGCUUUACCAGAAGGCCAUCGCCAGUGAAAUGAGAGGGCUCUUCAUGCUUGUUUCUUUUGAACCAAAGCCAAAACUUAAAGGUUGUUGGUUUCCUUCGUUUGUGCUCAAACAAGAUAAAUUUCUGUAUUUAUAUCAUUGUGAGCCAUAAUUUUGAACACAAAUGAAACUUUUUCUUGUGUGAAAAUUAAAAAUUAUGUUUACAAAUUACACGUUUU